AUGAUGGGGGAAUUUCAUACACAAUUUCAACAAAUAAAACAAAAUAAUAUAAAUAAUAAUAAUAAUAAUAAUAAUAAUAAUAGUAAUAAUAAUAAUAAUUUUGAUCCAAUAACAUCACUAACAAAUAAUAAUAAUAAUAAAAUUAUUUCACCAUUAAAUUCAAAUCGUCAACAACCAAAUUCAAAUACAAAUAAUAAUAGUAAUAAUAAAAAUAAUAAUAAAUCAAAUCUUUUAGAUAUUAUAUUAGACAAUAAUAAUUUAGAAAAUAAUAUUGAUAAUAAUAAUAAUAAUAAUAAUAAUAAUAAUAAUAAUAAUAAUAAUAAUAAUAAUAAUAAUAGUAAAUCAAUAAUUAAUUUAAUAGAUAAUAAUAAUAAUAAUAAUAAAAAUAAUAAUAAUAAUAAUAAUAAUAAUAAUAUUUUAAAAAUACCCAUUGAUUAUACUCCUGUCGAUAAAAAUACAGAGUCCAUUUUUAAAGGUUUUUCGCCAUUUAGUUUUAAACAACAACAACCAAUAGACACAUCAGAUCAACAACAAAAAGAAACUAAAAAACUUCAAUUAAAUAUAAAUAGUAAUAACAAAAAUAAUAAUAAUAUUAUUAAUAAUAGUAAUAAUAAUAAUAACAUUAAUAAUAUCGAAAGUAAUAACAAUAAUUUAAAUUCAGCAUCUACAUCACCAAUACCAACACCAACAUCAUUAACAGCAGUUAGUGUUCCAUCAAGUUCUCCAUUACCAUCGCCUACUUCACCAAAUACUAUUUUACAAUCGCCAACAACUACAACAACUACAACUACAACAACCUCAAAUUCAUCCGUUUCUCCUCAACCAACUCAAAUAAAUAAAACUGAUAAAUAUUUACUUCCAAUGAGUGCACCAAGAAGUUGUGAAUUUUGUGGCUCAUCACAAACCCCAACAUGGAGAAGAGGUCCAUCUGGCAAAGGUUCAUUAUGUAAUGCCUGUGGUAUUAAAUGGAGAUUAAAAGGUAAAGACGGUAUUUUCAAGCCAUCACAAAAACAACAAAAUCGUCAAAAACCAAUUAUGUCUGCUCAAAAACAACCAAAACAACAACAAAACCAACCACAACAACAACAACCACAACAACCACAACAACCUCAACAACCUCAACAACAAAAUCAACAACAAAAUCAACAACAAUCUAUUCAAUCACAACCACAACAGAGACAAAAUAACCAUUUAAUUUUAAAUCAACAAACAAUUAACCAACAUCUUCAAAUGUUAAGUAAACAACAUCAACAACAAGCUUCCCAAUCAAUGUUCCAACAACAACAACUUCAUAAUAACCAACAUAGUAAUGAUAGUAAUUAUAAUUCUUAUAACAAUAACAAUAAUAAUAACAAUAACAAUUACUCACAACAUGAACAAUUACCACCAAUUUCUUCUUAUAAUUCAAUGAAUAAUAAUAAUAAUAGUAAUAAUAGUAAUAAUAACAAUAACAAUAAUAAUUAUUCACAAAUUCCACAAUAUGGUAGUGAUGAUAAUGUAUCAGUUCCAAAUCAAUCACCAGAUUCUUAUAAGCCAUCUAAAAAAAGAAAGCCAGAAUUUAUCCAUACCGACACCUCUGGCAAUCCAAUUGAAUUUGAAAAAGGAUACUAUUGUAAAUAUUGUAAAAAAACUUGGCCUCAAUCAUCAUUUAGAAAUAGUCAACAAUUUGGUGCUCAUUGUAGUAAUUGCUCCAGAAAACCAAAAGGUGAACUUGAAGAAUUAAUCUCAAUUAAAAAGAAACUCUCUAAAAAGAAAUCAAAAGAAGGAAACUAUUAUCAAGAAGAAGAUGGGGCUGUACCAUAUUGGGAUAUGAAUAGAUAUAAUAAUAAUAAUAAUAAUAAUAAUGGCAUUAAUAAUAAUAAUAAUAAUAAUAAUAAUAAUAAUAAUAAUAAUAGUAAUAAUAAUGGUUCUUAUAACAAUAAUAAUAGUAAUAAUAACAAUAACAAUAAUAGAAUUGAACCUAUUGUAAAUAACAACAUUAAUAAUUUUAAUAGCAUUAAUAAUAAUAAUAGUAAUAAUAAUAAUAAUAAUAAUUCGACCUCUCAAAAUGCUCCAUUACUUCAAAGAUUAAUUCAUGUUGUUGAAAAUCAAUUAUUAGAACCAAAUGAAUUAAGUUCAAUAAGAGAAGAUAUUGAUAUAAUGAAAAAUGAUUUAAUUUUAAGAAAGAAAAAGAGAAUUGCACAAUUAAAUGAUUUAAAACAAAAAGCAAAUAAUGAUGUUCAAAUUUUGAAAGCAAAUAUUGAAAAAGGAUCCAAUCAACGUUCUAAUGAGUCCAAGUCUUUCAUCACCGACUUAAAACAAGAAAUCGAUAAGAGACUCAAUCAAUACACCCAUAUAUAUAUCCCACCUGACCAUCACUUGGUACCAUCUUCAACAAACUAUCUAAGUAUUGAUAGUUUACAAAAUUCUUCCUCUUCAAAUAAUUAUGGAACCAUCCAUAAUAGCAACAACAAUAACAAUAACAAUAAUAACAAUAACAAAAGAUCACUUGUUAAUUUAUCCCCUGAACUUAUUCAUUCUCCAUUAAAGAAACCAAUGGUUGGUGGUUAUCGUGAUGAACAAGGAAUGAAACAUUUUUCAAUUGAUGGUGAUAAUUUAUCUUUACCAUCAAUUUCAUAA